UUUGCGGUUUUAGUCAUACAAAAAAAAGAUUGUGUUGUUGAGUCACAAAUUCACUUUUCUAUUCACUGGGUAGUGUUGUGGGCCUGUGCCUGUCGAGUGUGUAUUUUUCAUAUUUAAUUUAGAAGAUACAACUAUUAUUGUAAAAUGUUUCGUUUACUGUUGGUCCUCUUUCUGCAUCAACCUUGCCGCAGUGCAGAACUGGCUGCUUGCAGUGAAGACUCUCAAUGUCCGAACGAUUUUUAUUGCGAAAGUCAUGCAUUUACCUGCCGUCAGUGCCUUCAAUGUGAAUUAUUUCACCGAUCGCUACCACUGUCAUCAACACUGUGUGUAAAAUCAAUUGUCGAGUGUGGUCCUUGUUUGAAAGGUUUUAAUAAUGAUCAAGAAUCACAAGAUAGUUUGAAAGAUAAAUGUACAAUAUCUGGUGUAAAACAAAAACAGCUGAUACCGAUCUAUGUUUGGAUUAUAAUCACUGUGUGUGUAUCUGCUAUAAUAUAUCUUGUGGUACAUUUGCUGUGCAAAACGCGUGUACUCACCAAAAUAAUCUACUCUAUAACCUGUACGGCAGCGCAACACACACAGGAGCAGCCACAGGGACAGACAAGGAAUCAUGUUGUGCCCAGCGCACCUUAUUAUUCGGCUGGCACUCCUGAGGAUCCGUAUCCCCGUUCACACCAACUACAAAUGAUGUCUGUAACGGACACUGAUCAUCCCCCUUUCUAUAAUUUAUUGUAUCCGCCAUUGGAAAGUAAUCCUCUGCUGCUCGAUCAAGAUACGUCUCCAAAAGAGCCAUAUAAAUUCAAACCAAUUAUACCUAUAUGUCCAAAGGAUGCUUAUGAAUCUAUGAAUCAUCAUUCUGCUGUGGUCUUCAAUAGAGCCAUUUACGAUACUAACGCGCCUGCCAAUACCGUGCCAAUACUAGAUAACGGAGUUACAGAAGACACACAAACCUCUCAACCCGAUGGAAUCAUUCAAACCGUCAUCUCGUAA